GGCACACGGAGACCGAAAAUAGAUUGCGUCGCGUACGCACACACUACGGUCUCCUGCGAAGGAAAGGAUCCAAUAAUAAACUUAAUUACUUAUAAAUUAACUUACGAAAUACGACCCUGGUGGAGUUUAGACUAAAAAAGGUUUAAAAAAUCUACCUUUGCCUAUAAAAAUUCUACCUAUAUAAAAAAGUUGAAGAAACUUAGGCAUAAAUCAAAAAUGCGAAUCGUUUUAAUAUAAUUGCAUCCCUUUCUAGUUCAUUGUGAUAGAGUGAAAUGGGAUAUGUUAUUAUAGAGUAAUUAAUUAGUGUACUUUAGUGUUUGUUUUAUAUAGUGAUAAUGUGGUUGAUUUUGUGUUUGUUUAUCCUGCCGAUGCGGUAUGCUGAUGGGUCCCUCGCAGACCAAAUGUCAGAGAUAACCCAGCUGUGCUGCAGCCAGGGCACGACGUACGCGCGGAACCACUCUUCAGAAGACUGUUCCUCCUCCAUACCACCUGAUGUGCCUUCCACAUUUGGCACACUAUGCAUCUUUGCCAUGGACCAGUGUUGCAAGGAAUACUUUACAAAGAAAACAGACUGCGAGACUGGAAUUGAUUUAGCGACGAGCUCGACGACCUGUGCUUCAAUGAAGGACACCGGAAAAAGAUGCUGUGACCAAUGCAUGUCAGGAAGGACUGUGGGUAGGACGCGUGGAAGUGCUGCUUGUUCGGCGAUGGUACACGGCAAGAGUGGAGAGCAAUUGUUAGCUGGUGACGCUUUUACUCAGUGCUGCAAGAAUGCAGUUGAAAAUGAGAGCAGAACUCCUAGCAGAAAUACCACAACACUAUUCAAGAAACCGACGGACUACGAUUUAUCCCCAGUGGCAUCGGUUUGCGAAGAAUAUGCGCCGAAUGAGCUGUGCGCUCAUCAUUGCAUACCCAUACCCGGUUCCUAUAAGUGCGAGUGUAACCCUGGGUUCAUGCUUAUGGCUGAUGGGAGGAAUUGUCGAGAGGUCACAAAGAACAGGUGCAAGCCCCACAAUCCCUGCCAACAUAAAUGUAAUGACAAUGGAGUGCAAGUGAAAUGCUCUUGCAGGAGAGGAUACAAGCUUAUGGCUGAUGGAAAGUCGUGUGAAGAUAUUGACGAGUGUAUUCUGGAUCCGCCAGUAUGUCUUCCUAACACAAAAUGCUUCAACAUCCUCGGAUCAUACAAAUGUAUUCCAAUCAAAAACGGCAAGAGUAAUGGGGAGAGAGGACAUUGUCCUCCGGGAUUUGCCAAAAAUCUUGCCAAUAACGCUUGUGAUGAUAUAAACGAGUGCAAGCUACCCAAUCCACCUUGCCCAAGCUAUAUAUGUGAGAAUACGAUUGGAGCGUACAAAUGUGGAGGAGUUUCCGGCGAUCCCGGCAGCAUUGGUAAACGCAAAACACCAGCAGAAGAUAGAUGUCCCCCUGGCUUUAUUAGCGGCUUGAAUGAGGAAUGCGAAGAUAUCGAUGAAUGCAGCAUGGGCAAGGACGAUUGCAACAAGAUGUCCCAGUUCUGUAUCAACACCCGCGGCUCCUUCUACUGUCAGGACAAGGUGUCCAAGCAUUGCCCGCCUGGAUUCAAGACUAACUCAAUCACUAACAAGUGUGAAGACAUCAAUGAAUGUGAAGAUGGUCAAGAUAUUUGCAGACCAGAUCAAGUCUGUGUCAAUGUGCCAGGGGAAUACGAUUGUAAGCCCAAGGUCAAUUCCAGGAUAAACAAAUAUGAUUGUCCAGAUGGAAUGAGGAAAAACCAAGCAACCAAUGCAUGUGAAGAUAUCGACGAAUGUGCAGAAGGGACACAUCUCUGUGAUCAGUAUCAGAGCUGCUUGAAUACCAACGGUAGUCACGAGUGUGAUUGCAAGCUUGGAUUUGAGUUGGACCCUAAAACAAGGGCUUGUGUUGACAUUAAUGAAUGCGCGACGGAGCAAAACAACUGUAUACCUGAGACACAGCGGUGCGACAACACAGUCGGCUCAUUCCUCUGCGUCCGAUUCAUUUCCUGCGGCACUGGCUAUACCUUACAGCAUUCCUCUAGCACCUGUGAAGAUAUUGACGAAUGUGCCCUCGGUAUCCACAACUGUGAAAGAGCAGGUCCCGAGUACCAAUGCAUGAACAUACCAGGAUCGUUCCGAUGCCAGAAACAAGCUCCUCCAGCACCUGAAUACGAAUACGAAUAUUAUGACGUGGAUGAGGAAGUUGAACCUAGCGAAAAUAAGACUGAAGUUAUAACCACUACAACACCAGCACCAACAACAACAGAAACGCCUCAAACAGCUCCAAGAACAACGCCUAUACCUGUAACUAUACCAACAGAACCAAUACCAGAAGAACCCAAAGUUGAACUAAAAAGACCAGAAGAUAAUUUUAUUGAUAACAUCAUAAAUAUAAAUUUUGAUAAGGAAGCAGAUAAAACGAACCCUAACAUAAAUGUUUACAAACCCGAACAACCUAGACAACCAGAAUACCCAUAUCAACCACAACCAAACUAUGAAAAUCCUGAGCCAAAUACGAAUUACAAUAAAGAACCUGAGCAACCUAAAGAACAAGAACCGAACAGAAAUAUCUAUGAAACGGAACCGCCUAGACAACCGGAAUACCCAUAUCAACCACAACCAAACUACGAAAAUCCUGAACCACAACCUACAGAGAAAAUUCAACCACCAGAACCUGUUGAACCAAGACAACCGAACUAUUACAGUCCCAUUGAUCAGAAUUCUAUCGAACCAAGACAUCCAAACUAUUACGAACCAACUGAGCCUACAAGAGUAACCGAGCAAGUCACGCCAGAAAUCGACAAUAGUAUUCCAGUAAUAUAUCCUGGAAUCUCGGAAACAACCUAUAGCCCGAUUCCAGAAUAUCCUACGUCACCGAAAUUCGUGAAUGUUUUUGUUGAUCAAGGAACUGCUCGUGUAAAUGGAGAGAAAAAUGAAGAUGGCUCGGUUUCAAUAGAUACGAAAGAUUUACCGAAAAACGAGUGGACGAAGAUCAGUGAGAAGCCAAAUUGCCAAAAUGGGUUCGAGUUAGAUCAGUAUGGAGCUUGUUUUGAUAUCGACGAAUGCGCCACAAACCGCCACAGUUGUUCUGGUCUCACGGAAAUGUGCCGAAACACUAUGGGAGGGUAUCUAUGCGACUGCGCCUUCGGUUUCCGGAGAGACUUACACUCUAUGUCCUGUAUUCCCGUCUCAACUUCAUCAUCCACCACGACUACUACUAGUACAACUACGACUACUAGUACUACUACUCCGGCUCCGACUACAUCUUCUACUAAAAGAAGCUAUUUCUGGAACUUCGAGGGUCAUAAACGGCCGACUACACGACCAUUCAGACCCAGAAGCUCUUGUGAUGUUGGCUACCAUUUGAACUCUGAAACUGGGAAAUGUGAAGAUGUAAACGAGUGUGUAAACGGUCAAGCGAACUGCGCUGCGGCGGAAGUGUGUGUGAACACUGACGGUGGCUUCCGGUGUGAGUGUCCGCCCAACUGGAGGCUUGAUCCUGAGAGGCACAGAUGCGUACCCAAUAGAAGUUACCCGAAUUUAUUCCCCCCAGGGUAUAGGAAUAACCCGGUAUAUCCUCCAGUGGACCCCAAUGAAAUCAUCCCGGGUCCAAAAGGGCCGAGAGUAGUGGCCGAACCGGAGAUCACACAAAUUGAAGACCGAGGCACCGUGUUCAAAUGCCCCUGGGGAACUAGACUUGGUGAUGAUAAUACUUGCGAAGAUAUAGACGAAUGCAUAACAGGGGAGGCGCAAUGCGGUCCGCUUCAGAUCUGCACCAACUUGCACGGUGGCUAUACGUGCAGCUGCCCCGUUGGGCACCGCUGGAUUGGCGACCAUCAGUGUGAAGAUGUUGAUGAGUGUACGCUAAGUGGCAGUGCGCCCAUUUGUUCAGAAAACGCAGAAUGUGUCAACACCGUGGGAUCCUACCAGUGCCGAUGUCAUGAGGGAUUCAAAUCGGCGCCAGUCAAUGACAAGGUGUGCGUGGACGUGGACGAGUGUUCGGAGUCACACCAGGGCUCGCUGUGCCAGCAGCGUUGCAACAACUUCUGGGGAGGCUACAGGUGCUCCUGCCAUCGAGGAUACAGGCUCAAUGCUGACAAUCGGACGUGUUACGAUGUGGACGAAUGUACCGAGUUCAAGAACAAGAACCUCUGCAUCGGGCGCUGUCACAACGAGCCAGGCAGUUACAGGUGCUCCUGUCCCUCAGGGUACCGACUAUCCGAAGAUAAGAGGAGCUGUAUUGAUAUCGACGAAUGUGAAACUGGUGAAGCGCCUUGCGCCCACGGAGGUCAAUACGAGGGAUCCAGUGACGUCUGCCUCAACACCAGAGGGAGCUACCGUUGCUACAAGAUCACCUGUCCGCCUGGAUACCAACUCGAACAGAAGCAUCGAUGCACGAAGAUCCAGCAGAACUGUCCACCAUCUGACUGGGAGUGCGCUCAUCAGCCGAGCACAUACUCCUACAACUUCAUCACCUUCGUAUCCAACCUCUACAUACCGGAGUCUAAAGUGGACCUGUUCACGAUGCGUGGACCAGCGUGGCCAGCGGCGACCAUGCGGUUCCAGCUGCGAGUGGUGAACGUGGACGCGCCACCUACCGUCAAGGAGAAGGCGGAUAUCAACUCUUUCUUAUUGGUCCAAACAGCCAACCAAGCAGUCAUGUCUCUAGUGAAACCCCUACAAGGUCUGCAGAGCAUAGAACUCGAGUUGUCUAUGGAGUUGUACAACAGGGGCCAGUUCGGAGGUAUUGCGGUCGCGAAGAUAUACAUACACGUAUCGGAAUAUGAGUUUUAGGAUGUAAAAAUAA